CUUUCAGUAGUGGCAAUACCAGCUCCGUCUGAGUUCGCUACGGACGCCUUCUCCAGCGGAUAUCGGUUAGUGGGUGUCGUGCACGACGUCGCUUUUUUUGCUCUCUGGGGAUGUGACACCGUGUGAUUCGCGUGUGUCCUUGACUUUUUGAUAUUGUGUGACAGUUCGCGCCGAAGGAGGGAUGUAAAAAUUAAUUGGAUCGCUGUUUCUGGAAUGUAAAUAUUAGCUAUCCAUAAUCAUGGAUUACAGCCUACUAUUCUAAGGAGAUACAAUCAUACUGGCGGGGGCAGACUUACAAUUAGAAAACGGGUGUGGCGAAGGAGGGAGUGGUGGGGACAAGAGUUGCCUAACAACGUACAUCUUCAACCCGGUGGAAACGUGUACUGGCACACCUAGUCCAGAAAAGGCCCACUUGAAGACGCCAGACUCGUCGACGAAACUCAGUCCCCCCCAAGAUGUCAUCUCUUCGACAGAUGUUGCCCAUAUGCAUCCCAAUUUUCUUUAUGGGAAAGUACUACCCGACGGAAAACCCAACUUUCUUACGGAUUACGAGCUGAGCUUCAAAAACUGUAAUUUUGGAGCGGGAGCUGACCAUGCUAAGUGCUGCGUUGGAGGACAUUUUGGGAGGGAUCUGAGUUUCGGUCACUUAUACACCAUCAGCAAAAGUGAUCGGAUAGAAGAGCGCACUUACGAUGAACCUUAUACAGGAGAUUUGCCAAGGAGGUCUUGGCUAUGCUGUCCUGGAUCUCAACCGCAUGUUGGUGAUGCCGAUCAGCCACCAUUAUUGGACACGGCAACGACAUCAUCGAAAACUCCAUCCACUCCCUUGGCUGAAGCCAUCACAAAACCUCCGGGAUAUAAUGUAUGUUCAGGAACUUGUGAAAAGCUGCAGCGACAAUUAGACGAGCAGUCCCAACGUUAUGAAGAACAGUUAACAGAAUUACAUUCUGUUAUAGCCGAACUGACGAGGAAAUUACAUCAGCAACGGUCAAUGGCUAUAGCCGAAGAAGAAGAAGUAUCAGAAUCAUGUACAAGUGCUCACGAAGAUUCAGUAACGUGUCCAUUAGAAGUCAGCGAAUUGGAACCUAUAGAAAAUGAACUUUCAGAUGUGGAUAAUAAAGUACCGUUUCCUGAAAGUCCCCAAGCAUUACCAGAGCCCAAAUUGUCUAACCACGAAAACAACGAAUUGUCGCCAUAUUCUGAGGUUGUAGAGCCCCUAAAAAAUGAAAUCACGAACCUCAAACAACAACUGCAUGAGGCUCACACCAGGUUAGCCCAAAUAUCGUUGGCAAAAAUUGAAGAAACUUCUACUGAAGAGGUACUGACUGAUAGUAAGAAUAUGGACUCGCCGGAAUCUCAUAUCGAAAUAGAUUGUGAACCAAAGAUGUAUCAAGAAGAUAAGGUUGAUAUCAAAUACAGUAACAUAGUACCUAUUCAUCGGACUAAUAUAAGGAAUAACUUUUACUCCAGCGCACCUGUACCUAAAGUUGCGGAAAGAAUAAAAUUAAAGAGAGCCACUGAUCAGCGAGGAAUUAAUCCAAAUGACCUGCUUAACUCUGAUUUGUCAACGGCGGUUGCGGAACACAUCGUUGGUGAUAUAUUGAAGCAAUGCGAUAUUCAAGCCGAGAAGCAAGGAUUAGAUAUUGAAAUUAGAAAAGUUAGUGCUAAAUUAGAAAAUGCAAGAUCACAAAACUCGGUAUUAGCAAUGACUUUGUCUGAGACUAAAGCGCAUUGUGAUAGAUUGGCCUUAUUAUGUGGUAAAUAUGAAUCAAACGCCAUCGCAUUACAACUUGCUUUGGGUAUAAGUGAUCGCAUUAUAGAAGCUUACGACGUUCUUCUAGCUCUACUUGAGACAGAACUUAGCCUGAAAGACGAUGAUUCCGACACAUUGCAGAAUAGAAGCGCUGCAGAAACGGUGGCCAAACAACUUCUACAUCAUUUAGAUUCUUAUCAGAGUACGGAUAUUUUGUUAUCUCCGUGGCAAAAUCAUGUAUAUAACAGUCCUACGAUUGAUAGUGAUGAACCUUGGAAUAACGACCACGAAAUGAGAUUAAGAGAACACGUUUCAAGACUAAAAGCAGACAGAAGUAACAUUCAAGGAACUUAUGUAGUUUUGGAAUCAACUCAACUCGAAUAUGUACCUGUACGACCUUCCAGCACUCAAGAAGCCAGAAAAAUGGACUUGGAAAUGGCUGUCUUAAUGCAGGAACUUAUGGGUCUACGAGAAGACAAGUCUGAACUGAUAUCCAAGCUCUUCGCUUUAGAAAAAGAGAAAUGUGCCAUAGAACUGAAACUUAAAUAUUCCGAAGGGCAGCAGAAAGCUCAGUCAGCAACUUUGAAAAACCUUCAGGGCCAACUAAAAGAUACAGAAGCAUUAUUAGCUAUAGCUACUCAGCAUAAGGAACAAGGAUAUUCAGAUGCUGAGCACGCUCAAGGCAUUGAAUUGGAAUUAAUGCAGGCAUUAGCAAGAGAGGCAAGACUGAAAGUUAGGUUACAAGAGUUGGUUACUACACUAGAGCAGGUAACAAAGAAUGCUGAAGCAAGGCUACUGGAAGGGAGAGAAAUAGUACAAGAUCUUAAUCAUACAAAUAGUAUAUUAGCUGACACUGUAGACAGAAAUAAUAAAAAGUAUCAAGCCAAAUUUAAAAAGAUGGAACAGCAAAUGUUUAUAUUAGUUGAAAAGCACAAUGCGCAGGUUCAAAAUUUGCAACAAAAGAUAGCUACGUUAGAAACGCCUCCAACAAAUAGUUCUGAAAAUUCCAUUAAUUCAGUAGCAGUCUAGCAGUCUUGUGUGUCAUUGCAUUUAAAUGAUGAUUUAACAUAGUUAUGUUGAUCUCUUUUCAUCUUAAUUUUAAGAGAGUUACAGAGCAUUUAAUGCUGCGCUUGUGUACCGGAUCUAGUAAUGAUGAUGUUGGUAUCAGUGUACGAUUGUUUAAAGUAAUUGAAAAAUUUUGUCAUUCCAAUUUAUAGAACUAAAGUUUUAUAAGCUACCUGUUUUAUUUCUUAAUUAUAGGAUUACUAUAACAUUUUUUUCUUUCAAGUAUAUUACAUUUGAUUAGUUUAGAACUUCAAAAGGACAAUAGUUUCCAUUAGGUAACAUUGAACCACUAGUAUGGUGCUUAUCAGAGGCUUCUUUCAGUGCGAAACAAGUGACAGAAAAAAAGGUACGUCCGUGAUACAUACACAUUCAUAACCAGAGGUGUAACCAGGAUGAUCCUAAGGGGGGGGGUUACAACUACUUGACGGUCUCUGGGGGGUAUGGAAUAGUAAUGGUGUUAAGCGUAUAGAGCUCAAAGUCCAUCCAAAUGGGGAUGUAACCCCCAAAACUCCCCCUUGGUUACGCCUAUGUUCAUAACAUUUAUUUCAGUUGUUGAUAGAUGGCACUAUAAUCCAAAAAGAAAUGAUUUAGGUAUUUACCCAUUAUUUACCUAUGUAUAGUCCGUCCGCUAUAACUUUUCCCAUGCGGUACGAUUCAUUUUCAAUCAAAUUAAGUCAAAACAGAAAGUGAAACGUACGCCGAUGUGUGUAGUAUAUAGUAUACAGUAUACAAAAUGUAUAUACACAUCUACGUUCGUUUCAAUUUAUGUUUUGACUUAAUUUGAUUGAAAAUGAAUCGUACCGCAUGGGAAAAGUUAUAGAGGACGGACUAUACAUAGGUAUCUAUACGACUUUAAUUUAAAGUUCUUCUCAGUCUUUCAGUGUGUCAUUCAUGAUGUAAUAUAUGAUUUUAAAAAUGUAAAGAAUCAUAUCAUGACAUUUUAGUUAAAUCUGACAGUGUUGUCAGAAUCGUAAUCGUAAUUUGGUAUAAAAACAAAUCAAUUGUGUUUAUUUCAUUUAUAAAAAGGUAUGUUCUUUGAUUUGUAUAGUCUUAUAAAUUGUACAGAUUAUAGUCGUAUAGAUAAUACAUAAAUAAUUUUUUGUUCGUUUAUAGCGCCAUCUAUCAGCAACUAGUAUAAAUGUUAUAAAUGACUUUAAUAACGGACGUACCUUUUUGUCUGUCACUUCCAACUUAAUGCGUUAGAAAGAAAUCGAAAAACUGUGACGCACUGAAAGAUGCCUCUGAGAAGGAGUAUAUACCAAUGUACCUUAAUUUAGGGAUCGUAAAUGACAGUAGGUAUUAGUACUGUUUACAUAAGUGCGAUAUGUAUUAAUGAUGACAGAUAUUAACACAAUGCAGAAAUACAAAAAAAUAUAAAUACUAGGUGUGAGUGAAUAAUAAGUGAUAAAUAAUGAGACGAGUAAACUAUUUAACAAACAUAAUAAUAGCCCUAAAAAACCGUUUUUUAGGCUGAGCCAUAAUACAAGACUAUAGUAUACUAGAAAAAAUCUUAGUUUAACAUUGGGAAGUUCAGAAGUUUAAAUACUUGGAAUACUUUACAAAUGUAUACAAACACUUUUUUGUUUUUUAACCAUGUUUCUAUAGAUCAAGAACUGAGACUUAAAAGGCAAGAACAAGAAACAGACAAGAACAUCUAUAUCUAUAGCUAGGUCAGUAAUGAACUAAAAAUUGUCAAUAAUUUUUUUCUGUGAUUCGUCUUUAAAUAGUUGGAAAGAAGAAGGAAACUACGUUUAUCCCAAAAUUUUGUUAGUUACUUACAUACUGCAUACUUCAAUACUUACACUAUUAGGCUUCGUUUUUCUGACGAUUUAUUAUUUUGUAAUUUCUUUAGAAUCUUUUGUAUUUCUUGGUUUUGAAUUUCAAAUCGAAUUAACAUUUAUUGUUUUUAAAGUUUAUAUAAAAAAGUGUUGUCUAUUUAAAUCUAAAUACGAAUUAGUUGUUCAUUGCAAUUAAAUGUUUAAAUACUUUUGGAACGAUUGACAGAUUUCUUUACAAAAAUCAGUUAAGUAUAUAUUGCUGAAUUGAUGACUACAAUUCGCCAAAAGUUUGAAACUUCCUCAUUCGUUGUUGUGCAACGUGCACUACUUUUCAUUUCUCUUUGCCAAUUUGACGACAUGCGAAGUUUCAUAGCUUCUUGUGCCUCUUCUAGAUGCAUAAGGUGUGUUAAGGAGAAGAUACACCUGUUCAAUGUGCCGUAAGACACAAACUACAGAAACAUAUUAAUACCUUAAUCUCGAUUAAGUGAGGAUAGUUUCGGAAGUGAUUAAUUCAUCUUGUAGAGAAAUAUAAUAUUUGCGACCUAUAAGUAAACAUAAAGAACAGACUGUGUCUGUAUUGGGGGAACGCAAGAAGAUAUACGGCUAUGAAGUAGACAGAAAGUCAAUCACAGAUCGAUGUAAAAAAACUUGGGAAUUAAAAGAACAAAAAAAAAUGACUAUUUAAAUAACGGAUGACAAAAAUACAGUUGAGUCCGCGAAUCUUUACCCGUGCGUCAUCACUUAAAGCAUACGAAAUAAGUCGGAAAUCUAUUUCACGCAACAACAACUGACAGAAAGUGGCUAUUGUUCCGAUUACGGGUUUUAUUAUAAAAUUUGACGUUAUCAAAUAUAUAGAAUGUCAAAUGUAAGUUUUGCUUCAAAAUUUUUACGCAGAAUUACAGCUACAUUUGAAGUAGCUUAAUAAAUUCUUUUAUUAUUAUUGAUUAAUAAAUAAAUAAACAAUUUAUAAAAAAAUCCAAUAACAUAUUUUAUUUUUGUUAUUUUAUUCACUUUGACGGAAAUUUAAACAGUCAUUUCUUUACUGUGUGAAUGACGUUAGCUUUGUAUGUUUUAAAUAUUAAUUGCCUAAAUAUAAUUAUUUACCUUAAAAUUUCAAAGCCCAAUAUAAAAAUAGUUGUGAAAACAACUGUUUGUGUAAUAUAAAGAAACUUCAAAACGCAAAAAUUCGACAAAAACCGCAAAAAGUUCAACUGACUGACAGCCACAAAAUUAAACAAAUCAGAAACGUCAAACAAAUUGUGCUUAAAAUAUGAAAACAUGCCGAAUCGUCUUUUUUUGUACCUAUCUCUUUUCAAUGCACUGAGUCUAGAUGGUUCAUAAAAAUAACAUGUGUUGUUACUUAAUAACAAACGGCAGCUGGUUUGUCAUGAGUUUCAUGCAUGGAAGAGAAUGAUGCUAGAUAAAAAGUAUGUGUUUUAUCUCGCCAGGUAUUAAUGACGCACGGGUAAAGACUCGCGGACUCAACUGUACUUAGAGACACAGAAAUGGAUUACUGGAGAUAAGCAGCGGACAAAAUAAAUAUCGUAAACGAAAUACGGAAAAAUCAAUUAAUAUGAUAUGGGCGACAUGGGCGUGUUGAGAUAAUAACCAAUUACAGAAUUUCUACAAAGUGCUUUUUUAUAAUAAAGGAAAAGAAAACCUGGAAAGAAGACACCGAGAAAAAGAUAAAAGACAGAAUCGUGGAAGAUAACAUGUAUACAAGUAGGUAUUCUUUUUCUCAUGAUCAUCUUUCAGUGCGUCACAGUUUUUCGAUUUCUCUCUAACGCAUUAAAUUGUAUGUGAGACAGAAAAAAAGGCACGUCUGUGAAUAAUUUGGUAAUUAUUUUAGUUCGGUGAUUAUUCUAGUUGUCGAUAGAUGGCGCCAUAAUCAAAAAAGAAUUAUUUAUUAAAUAAAAUAAUAAUAUUAUCAAUAUAAUCUGUACAAUUUAUAAGACUAUACAAAUGAAAGAAAAUACCAUUUUAUAAAUGCAAUAGACACAAUUGAUUUGAUUUUAUUCCAAAUUGAAAACAACAUUUGACAACUGUCAGAUUUAACUAAAAUGUCACGUUAGAAUAAAUGUCAUAAAUGUGUAUUAUCACGGACUUACCUUUUUUUCUAUAAUUUGUGACGCACUGAAAAAUGUUCAUGAAAAGGAGAAUAUACAAGUAGGGAGUAUAGAUAGUAAGCGUCACGCUAGUAGACACACGAGUACCUACUUGCUAGGCUUGGGCUAAUCCGACCCGUUCUCACCUGUGACUUUCAUGUCUGUCAUGUCAUGUGACUCUCAUGAAAUAAUUGUUUAAAACUACCUAAUUGUUUUUCAUACAAAAAAAUAGGUACAUUAAUUAAUAGUAUUGUUACUCUGCUUUAAAAUAACUUUAUUCAAACACCAACAAUAUUACAAUACUUUAUAAAUUUUGCUGACUUGAACACAAUGACUUGACUUGAACUAUAAACUGCAAAUACAACUGUUCUAUAAACAGUCAACUUUCUAUUAGUCUGAGAGCUAGUGAACCCUUCGACUAACGGUCGUCCUGUAAGGCUAGAAAUUUGUCUAGUGAUAAUUCAUAGCACACCAAUUCUAAAAACCAUGACCUGGCAGGCAUCAGCGCUGCACGUGUAUCUACCAGGUGAAUCGAAAAGUGCAAAUUUAGGGGGCAAAAUAAACUUUCUCCUGUAAGGUUUAAAUUUAAGUAUGUGUUUGAGUAAGUCAUUUAGAAGAAAUGUGUACAAUGACAGGCGAUUCUGAAGACCAUAAGACCUUGCCAGGCGAGGGGAAUGAUUAGGGGUUUUCCCUAAAAUUAUUUUUUUUUGCAUCGAACAAUUUUUUUUAGGUUUUUUGAAUCAUUCCAAACAGAAAAGGUCUUUAGUGAUUUUUCUCUUAAGUUAAUAGUUUUUGUUAUAUAAGCGAUUGAAAAUUUUGAAAAUUGCGAAAUCGGCCAUUUUUAACCCUAAAUCGGACAUUUAUCUAAAAAUUUCAAAGUUGCCAAGGUAGGUAGAUAUUCUUUAAACAUUGAUUGAUGAAAUCUCAAAGAGUUUUUUGCAAUACAAUAUCGGAAACCCCUUUGUUUUUUAAUUGCUGAUCAAGCGUGCACGACACUGUAGUAUAAGUGAGGACGUUUGAGUUAGCAUAAAUUCAUUAUCUCGAGAAUGGGCAAAUUUCAAGAGAAAUCCUCAGACAGGUCGAUUUUUAUUUUUCAAUUAGGACUUUUUGGCAUAUAUAUAAUUCUAGUGACGUCAUCCAUCUGAGCGUGAUGACGUAAUCGAUGAUUUUUUUAAAUGAGAGUAGGGGUUAUGUGAUAGCUCAUUUGAAAGGUUUUUUAAUUAUCUAUUCAGUAAUAUAGACAUUAACAUAAUUAUUUAUACAGGGUGUACAAAAAAAAGUUUUCUUCUAUUUGUCAAAUUUAAUCAAAGUUAAUUUAAUAAUAAAAAUUUUUUGUACACCCUGUAUAAAUAAUUAUGUUAAUGUUUAUAUUAGUUAAUAGAGAAUUAAAUAACCUUUCAAAUGAGCUAUCACACAACCCCUACUCUCAUUUAAAAAAAUCAUCGAUUACGUCAUCACGCUCAGAUGGAUUAUGUCACUAGUAUUAUAUAUAUGCCAAAAAGUCCCAAUUUAAAAAUAAAAAUCGACCUGUCUGAGGACUUUUCUUGAAAUUUGCCCAUUCUCGAGAUAAUGAAUUUAUGUCAACUCAAACGUCCUCACUUAUACUACAGUGUCGCGCCCGCUUGAUCAGCAAUUAAAAAACAAAGGGGUUUCCGAUAUUGUAUUGCAAAAAACUCUUUGAGAUUCAUCAAUCAAUGUUUAAAGAAUAUCUACCUACCUUGGCAACUUUGAAAUUUUUAGAUAAAUGUCCGAUUUAGGGUUAAAAAUAGCCAAUUUCGCAAUUUUCAAAAUUUUCAAUCGGUUAUAUAACAAAAACUAUUAACUUAAGAGAAAAAUCACUAAAGACCUUUUCUGUUUGGAAUGAUUCAAAAAACCUAAAAAAAAUUUGUUCGAUGCAAAAAAAAUAAUUUUAGGAAAAACCCCUAAUCUUUCCCGUCGCCUGGCAAGAUCUUAUGCUCUUCAGAAUCGCCUGUCAUUGUACACAUUUCUUCUAAAUGACUUACACAAACACAUACUUAAAUUUAAACCUUACAGGAGAAAGUUUAUUUUACCCCCUAAAUUUGCACUUUUCGAUACACCUGGUAGAUACACGUGCACCGCUGAUGCCUGCCAGGUCAUGGUUUUUAGCCUUGGUGUGCUAUGAAUUAUCACUAGACAAACUAGCCUUACAGGACGACCGUUACUCGGAGGGUUCACUAGCUCUUAGACUAUAUGUUUAUAUUCGGUUUCUACACAUAUUCUGACGUUCUAGACGUCACUAGACAUUAAAAGUAAAAAGUGCAACAAGUAAAGGGUCCAGGACUGUAUUAGCUCAAUGUGCCCGUGGUCAAGUAGCGUGGCGGUUACUAUAUAAACAGGUAUAAAGAUAUUGUAUUUAUGUACGUUAGUUAAUCAGUAACUAACUAAAAAAUCUACAAUUUAUUACCACCGUACUGUAACCAUUUAAACAGUAUUACAAUGUUAAGCGCUAGAAGUUGUUUAUACAAACUUUACGUCUAAAUUGGAAUGGCAGUUAAUGUGCUAAGGUGUGUCUGCCUCGCUGUGAUUAACAUAUACCCUUAAAAAAGAUGGCAAAGAUACGUAUUAUCAGGAAAAUUAUUUAUUUACAAUGAGAAUCGCUAUAAUAUUUCUAAGUACUAAUAUAAUUUGUUUUGUUAAAUUUGUUUUGUACAAUAAACUUUUUUAUGUCUGAA